GACCUGGCCCACGUGCUCAGGGGAGAGCCAGGGCAGGAGCAUUGUGAGGUCCUACCGUGCCUCUCCUUGGGCACUGCAAGGCGGGUUAGACUCGGUUUGAUGUGAAAUCCCUGCCUCUGGCGGGCCAAGGGUGAAUUCUAGCCCACGCCCACAACAGGCCGGUCUCCCUCCCAUCGUGCUUCUUCCUCCCCGCAGGCAGACUGCAGCCCCACGGCCCUGGGGGACCCUCACCUGGAAGCAGGUACAGCAUGCUUCAGAGGGUCUGAGGGGCAACGGAGACCCGACCUGAAGCCUCUGGGACACGAGUCCUGUCUCGAUGCAGCUGGCCUCGCAGAUAGUCCCAGGAGCGGCAGGUGAGGCUGUCCGGACCGGCUCCCUAACCCUGGGCUCCUGGAAGUCGUUCCUUCCACCUCCAAAGACGCCUCUGUCUCUGCCACGUCUUGACAGUCUCUCAAGGAUGUGACAGCGGCGGGGAGAGCGAGCGUGGCUCCGGCGGCCGUCGCCUCUGCUAGGAUGUUCCUCAUGAAUGCCCCUCCAGUGGCCGCUCUGCAGUCCACAUGGGAGGCCUUCGGACCGCCCGGGAGCUGUAGGCUUCCCGGCUGCUUCUCGGAAUCGCAGGAGGGCGUGGUGCGAGCAGCGGUGAGCGCCCGGGUGCAGAGGCUCAUCGGGGCGCUGCGGCGCCACCAGGCCACCCGGGGCAUGAGCGAUGAGCGCGGGGUGCAGGGGAGCCCGAGGGCAGGGCGGGGCUGUGAAGCCAGGCUGGCCUCCAGCCCUGCAGGCCCCGCAGGCCCCACUGCGCACAGAGAGCCGCCCACCCUCGCUGCCUGUGCUCUUGCUGCCGAUUUCAACCCCGCGAGGGAAAAGGGCGCCACGGGCUUCAGCCCUUUGGUGCUGGAUUCAGACAGUGACGACUCCGUGGACCGCGACAUCGAGGAGGCCAUUCAGGAGUACUUGAAGGCCAAGAGCAGCACCGCACGGCCCACAUCGGGGGCUCAGCUGGGCGGGGCGGGCGUCAGGGACACCGGGCGCACUGCCGAGCCUCCUUGCAGCAGCCCCCCAGCUGGCCUGGGUCCACCCAGGCUCGCCGCGGGCACAGGCUCUGUCCUCGGCAGCCACACGCGAGCUGAGGCCCAGGGCGCCGCCUCCCCAGUGAGUGUGAGCAGCGACGACUCCUUCGAACAGAGCAUCCGGGCGGAGAUCGAGCAGUUUCUGAGUGAGAAGAGACAGCAUGGAGCCCAGAGGUGUGCCGGGGCUGGGGAGCAGGAGCCGGACCCGCGAGAGAACUCCACCAGAGAUGCCCCCGGGUCCUGCUGGGAGCCGCCCGGGAAGGCAGAGCCCCGGCAGGCCCUGACCGCAGCCUGCAGGGAGUUCGUCUUCCGCAAGCCCCCCAGGUUAGCCAGGGGGAACGUGGGCAGCUGGAAGCCCGCCACCCCCUGCCGCUCACCGGAGACCGCCCAGAAUAAAGGCCCGGCUAGGAGGAGCGCGGGCGCAGGGAGGAGGGGCCGGCGUGCCCAGAGCGCAGCCCCGGCACGGGAGCCAUCGGAGUCCAGCAGCGAUGACGGCAUCGAGGAGGCCAUCCAGCUCUACCAGCUGGAGAAGACGAGGAAGGGGGCCGGCAGGGACGCACCUGGCGCCCCGCUCGGCGAGGACGGGGGGCCCAGCCCUCCCACAGACAGCACGAGCAGCUCCAUGAAAAGCGCCUCUCCCGAAACCCACAGGAAGACACCGAGCAAGAAGCAGCAGGUGGCCCUGAAGGCCGCGGAGCCCACCCUGGCCGCCCCCACACCUGAGCAUCCCGCCAGGCCCCUGAAGGACACCAGAGCUGCUCCCCCAGCAGAUGCAGCCGCCAGGGCCGGGGCUGGGGACUGGGGCUGCCGGGCAGACACGCCCGCUGAGCUCAUGUGCGCCGAGGCUAUCCUGGACAUCUCCAAGACAAUCCUGCCAGCCCCCACGGCGGCCGGUGACGGACCCCUUCCCGCCAGCCCGCUUUUGCGUGCCCCGAGUGUGCCUUCCCGCUCUGACGGCGACAGCAGCUCUGUGGACAGUGACGACAGCAUAGAGCAGGAGAUCCGGACGUUCCUGGCCCUGAAGGCACAGUCAGGCAGUGUGCUGGCCAGAGCCGAGGGCCGCCCCCAGCCCUCACUGGGCCUGCCGCUGUCUCCAGAUCCCAGCAGCCAGACGGAGGGCAUCAGGGCCCCUCGCUCCAAGACCCCAGACCUGUCCCCGCGCUUCAGGAGGAAACGCAAAAGCAGCAGCAGUGCCGUGAAGCCACCCAUGUCCAAGAAAACCAGGGAGGGCGUGAAGGAGAGCAGCCAGGAUCCCGACCACAGUUGGGCGGAGCUGCCCGGCCAGGGGAAGGCCACUGAGGCCCCAGGGAAGGAGGGCGAGGCCAGGGGCCAGCCGCUCCCCUCCAGGACAGCCGUUCUUGGUAGUCCACAUGGGCCACAAGGCCACAGCCAGGCGGACGAGGCAAGACGGGCCGAUGGGAAAGGGAGCUCCGAGGACAAGAGCAGCUCUCUGGACAGUGACGAGGACCUAGACACGGCCAUCAAAGACUUGCUACGGUCCAAGCGGAAGCUCAAGAGGAAGUGCAAGGGCGCCAGGCCCACGUGCAAGAGAAAGGUCCGGUUCAGCUGCCCACACCAGCUCGGCGGCCGGAGAGCCAGGACGGAUGGCCGCCCGCACGUGUUGAAGAGCUGCCUCUCCAGGGCCAAGGGAGAGGGCAGGGAGAGGCCAGAGCGGAGGCCUGCGCACCGCCUCGGCAGCGAAACCGAGGGGAGCGAGCACGUGGCCCUGGCGCUCCACUCACAGAGAAAAGUCGCAGAAGCGGCUCUGUUCUCCGAUGACAUGGGCGUUCGUGGCUGCCAGCACCCGGCCCCGAGCCCCAGCUCCCCGUCAGACGACAGCAGCUCGGUGGACAGUGACGACAGCAUUGAGCUGGAGAUCAGGAAGUUCUUGGCAGAGAAAGCCAAGGAGUCGGUGAGCAGUUCUGAAGCUCCAGGAGGGAACCCCGCCACUCUCGGGCCUGGGGGUCCAGCCAGGCCAGAGACGCUGUGCAGGAGGGAGCCAGCCCCAGCCCCACAGCCUGGCGUGUGCACACGAAGCCAGAGGGCCAGAGGGGCCCCUCAGCCAGCUGAAGGCCUCCGGGGCACAGAGAGCUCCGGGGCCCCGGCCAUAACUGGCCUCUUUGUCCAUGGCAGGAAGGGCGCCCCCCAUACCGAGUGCACCACUGGCCUCCCCACCAGCCUGGCCAGUUGUGAGCCGGCACCCCAGGGCACCAGUGGGAGAGCCUGUACCAAGGGCUCUCCAGCAAACAGGAGAAAUGCUUAUGUCCACAAAGCACAGAGCCCCCGAGGGCUCGAGCCUGCUGCUACAAGUGCUUCCGGGCAGUCACCCUGUGGCAGCAAGGCGGACAGCCAGGCAGGAAGCGCUGGGGGCACCUUCCGCACGAGUGACGGCAGCCGGAGCUUGCUGGCUCCAGGUCCAGGAGCUGAGAGGGACAGGGGUUCCCAGGCCAGCCUCGCCCUUCCAUGGAGCGACUUUGCCCACCAGAGCAGGUUGCUCAGCCCGUGGGCACUAAGCUUGGAAGGUCGAGACUCUGUAUGGAAAGGUGGCCUAGGGGGCGAAAGAGAGAGGGGGUCUGCGGCACAGGCCCGGUGUCCACCCACCCUGGGGCCAGAUCCCAGGAAAAGCCUGCCCUUCCCAGGCUUCUCGCCCCUGCUGUCCACCCAGCUGUUCCACUUCGGAAAGAGCGUCUCCUGGGGAUGCAAGCAAGCUGGCCUCUUCAGCUCCCACCUGGGGCUGCCUCUGCAGGGCCCAUCCUUCUCGGGCUUCAGGGAGGCCCAGGCAGUCCACAGCCCAGUGUUCGGAGGCCCGCACCUGCUCGGGAAGAAGGAAGGGGGCCACUGGCCACAGAAGAGGACACAGGCUGGGCUGGGUUUGCAUGACAGAAGGGACUCAGGGUCAGAGGACAAUGUUCUAGACCUGCGGUAUCGGCAGAGGGUCUCUGAGAGGGGUGACCCAGACCAGGAGGCCUUGGGCAGUGACGCCAGUGAUUUCAGCGACACCUCCGUGGAGGACAGUGGUGGCAGCUCCGUUGUGAAGGGCACAGUCCUGCAGCUGUGAGCACGUUGCCCGUCCGGCACCGUAUUUGCGAAAUGUUCCCUGCAACCGUGCGUCUGCGCUUGUGCAGCCUGGUCUGAGACCCCGGCGUCCGCCACACGGCACCCUGUACAUACGUGUACUCCCAUGAGCCAAGGUUAUUUAACAGACGUGUCCUCGUAAAUAUGCUUUUUGUAGCUUUUUGUAAAUGAUGUAAAGUGCUGUAAAGUAUUUUUAGAAAAUGUCCCACGGUGUGGGUGUUGGGAGCGCAGCAUCUUGUGGCCUGCAGACAGGUCUCCGGUGAGCAAGCCACACUGCUUCCCAUCACGACCAGGCCAGCAAGAUGGAGAUACGACUUAGAGCCUUGCUGGUGGGAAGGCCCAGCCGUCCCUGCAGGACACACAUAAGCAAGGCAGCUGGCUGUCACUCUCCGGGCAUCACUGGUGCCCAAAGGUGGCAGCUGGGAAGCUGCUGUGGCACUUUUAUGUAAAAGACGCCGUUCCCUAGAGGCCAGGGCGUGUCUUCUGAGAACUGCCGUCCAGCUUCGGUGGACAGGAUGUCGAAGCACGAUGACCCGGGAGCACAGUAAGCCCUCCUGUCAGGUGUGGAAACCCACGUGAGGCCCUGCAGAGGCUGCGCUGCACUCAGCCCCGAAGUCUGGAUUGUUUGACCAGCUUUCCCCGUUCACGUGAUUCCCACAUGAGAAGCCUCAGUACCGGAGCCCCGUCCUUCGCGUUUCACGUGUCCUUUUAACCUGUGCACCUGAACGAACGCUGCUAGGGCUGCGUGGAGUCUCGGUCCCGGAGACAUCGGGCACUGAUGACGUGAGAGGCCCGGUACUGGGCACGAGCCUUCCUCCCACCCACCCUGCAGGAGCCGGAGCCUGGCAGGGAUGUGCCCAGGCAGCUGAUGCCUUGGACGGCCCUGCGGGGCCCACCUCCUGGACAGGUCAGGGCCCUGACUGGCACCAGGGCACCCUCACAGGCAGUGAGCAGCCUCUGGCCCUGAGUUCAGGCUGAGCCACGCCGCCCUGCCGACCUGUGCCUUCCGUUCUGAGGCCACCGUGGCACCCGCAGCAACUGAGGCCAGAGCGGUACUGGGCAGCAUGGUUGUCCAGCAGGCCACCGGGCGCCCAGAGCUGCACGCCUUCCACCGUGACCAGGGCCUGCUUUGCCAUGGGUCAGGAUUCCAGCACGCAUGGGAGUUUUCUACCAUGCACCCCGGCUUUGGCAGGACUCACCUCUGCGGCAGCACCAGCGGGGUUGGGAGCUGUGGUGAGUGCACCCAGGGUCCCCCUUAGGUCUGCUGCCAGCCUGGCGUAUGUCAGAGCUUCUUGCGGCAUAUCUGUUCACUGAAGUGCUUCUGGGAAAAACUGAUUCCGUGUAAUCCAUGCUUUAACUUUUAUUUAAUUUUUUAAAGAGUGCUUUUAACCCUCAAAAACGAAAACCAGCUUGUUUUGUAUAUAAGAACUGUUUUUAAUACGAAUAAAUCAAGCACUACCCUUGGA